CGAGACUGCGUCUCAAAAAAAAAAAGAAUCACGCGUCUGAAAGGUUUAUCUAUUUUGUUGGACAUUUUGAAAUACUGGCUCUUGGUUCUUUAAUACUCCUACUCUUUUAAUAUUAAGUUUUUUCUCUUUUUCUUUUUAGGUACUUUCUAUUUUUCCCCACAUUUUGAUGUAAUUUGCUGUUCUUUCCCUUAUUUUCUUAAGUUUAAUGCUGGAUACAGUUAAUGUUGUAAAGUUUCUUUAACUACAUCUUUAUGAAACGUAUAAAUUCAUCUUGAUGUUUCCCUUUGAUUCUUAGUUAUUUAGGAGAGUUUCUUUAUUCCCAAUAGUUUCUUCAUUCCCAAAUUAUUACAGUAUGUUUUAGCUGGGUUUUUUUUAUUGUAUUGUAUUGUCAGAAAAUGCAGACUAUCAAGUCUCAACUUUUAACAAGUUAUCAAGAUUUUCCUUGAAGCCAAGUUACUCAAUGAACUUUGUUCAACAGAUAUAAGAGGAAAAGUAUAUUUUGUUGUAUGGGGUAAAAUUAUCUUUAAUUAAGUCUUGUUUGUUUGUAUUCUUCAAAUCUUUAUCUUUCCUAAUUUUGAUCUACUUGUUUCAUACUCUGGAAGAGAUGUAAUAAAAAUCUCUUACUUUAACAGUUCACUUGGCAGUUAUAUGUGUUUUUUUGCUAAUUUUAUUUGUGUGUCUGAGGGACGGGCAUACAUACACCUACGGUUAAUGGACUUUUUAAUCCUUUUUCAUUUAUUAAAUGCUAUUAUUAUUAUAGGAUCCCUUUUUUCACCCAAAAAGAAGAAAGAAAAACACUUUUUAACAUCGAAUUCCACGUUGAUACACGGCCACCCGUUUUUACUUUUAUUGCAUUUGGAUGAUGUGUCUUUGCCCAGAGCUUUAUUUUGUAUCCAUAUCUGUUUCUAUGUUAGAUUACCUAUUUGUUUACAAUAAGAUACCUUUGUUGUUUUCAAAUCCAACUUAUAGCCUCUGUUGAUAGAAUUUUACCUCUAUUUAUUGUAAUAAUGAUUUAUCUGAUUGUAUGCCUUCCAUUUGAUGUUCACUAUUUAGCUCUUUUUAUUUUCUGCCUUUUCUUUAUAUAUUUUGAUUGGAUGGAUGAAUUUCUGCUCAGUGUUUCAAUUCUGCACCCCAUUUUUUUCUGUUUUUUCCUGAGAUUAUUAGGAAUGUUUUAUCGUAGGAUAUUAUUUUCUCUUUAGUGGCCUCUUUAUCACAUUGUCACAUUGUCCUUUUUUGUAUUUAUAUAUAUUUUGCAAGAAUUAUUACUGAACAGUGUUUUCCUAUUGAAGAUUUCUCGUGAGAUUCAUUUCACAUUUAUUUGGACUACUUCUUUCGGUAUUUCUCUCAAAGAUAUAGAUACUCUGCAAGUGCUUUUAUUUCUGAAAAUGUCUCUCUCGCCCUGGCAGAAGAGUGGUCUUUCAGUUGCUAUUUCUGACAUCAUUUCAUUUUCAGUACUGCAAAUGAAGAGUUUUCUUAUUUCCUUCAUUCUUUCUCUGUGAAUAGUCUGGUUUUCCACACUUAGAUUAGAAGUGUUUUCUAUUUAUAAAUUUAUCCUAUGUAUUCAAUAAUUUCCCCAGAUUUGUUUGUUGAUUGAGUUCCUGUUUGCGUGUGUGGAGGAGUUUAUGGCCUAGUUUUGUCAGCGGUGGGAGAUGUGUUUGUGUGCUAAGGCCCCAGUGCAGGUACAGGUGUGCCUAGGACUGGGACUCUUAGGAGGUCUGACGGAGAUACAGGCAUGGAGGCCAGUGGUGGGGACAUGGGAUUGAUUGGUAGGGAGCCAGGACCGUUAGAGUAGAGGAAUUGAAGGCUCUCUGAUCAGGAAUUGAAGGAUGAAUGAUUCAGGGCUCAUGGGCAGCAAGGCAUGGGAAUCAGUGAAUCUGAGAUUUCAUUAAUGGCUUUGGGAGUAGAAUCACUGGGUAGGAAUUGACACUUAGAGCAGAUUAAAGAGUGAGAAUGAGGAGUUAGGUACCCGGGUUGGUGAUAACUUAAAGGGCCUGUGAAAUCAGAUAGUAUGGUAAUGUAAUAGAACAGUAUGUCCUUUGGAUAUUUUAUAAAGUAGUUAAGCAAUCCACAAUUAUUGAAUAUUUAAAUGUUUCUAAUCUUUUUUUUUUUUUUUUUGACAACCACCAUGUUGGAUGAUCUAAUCUUUCUUUUUUAUAAACCAUGUUAUGGUAAAACUUUUGCACUUAAAUCUUUGUACAGUAUGCAAUGGGAUGAUAUUUUAAUGUUGUAGCUCUAGAAAUAAAUUUUUGAGUAAGGUGCAUGGGCACUAACUGAUGUAUGUGUCCAUGUGUGACACUGGUACACUUCCGCCUCUCAUCUGUACCUCUGCCCAUCUGUUUUCUCAGAUCUCUGCCCCUUUGUCCGAAGAGCCAAAAAUGACCAAGUCCUUGCAGGCGUCCUCUGGGCCAGUGGGGAAUUGGGGAGCCUUGCUGUAUUACUGCCAGGUAAACUUAACAGGGUGAGUCGAGACAGCUGCAUCUACUCUGUCUUUCCAGGAGUGGAAUCCAGUUUAUUGAUUGUUAACAGAGGACUUCAUACAUUAAGCAUAGUCUUAUAUGUUUUGUUCAAGUAUAACUACCUCUUUGUCCUUUGCAUUUUAACUUUUAAAAGAAUCAGUUUCAUUCAAGGAUGUAACUGUAGACUUCAGCAGGGAUGAGUGGCAACAAUUAAACACUGCUCAGAAAAGUCUGUACAGAGAUGUGAUGCUGGAGAACUAUUUCAACUUGAUCUCAGUGGGGUGUCAAGUUCCCAAACCAGAAGUCAUCUUCAACUUGGAACAAGAAGAGCCAUGUAUGUUGAAUGGUGGGAUCUCCAGUCAGAGCUGUCCAGAUGGGAAAAUUGGUUUUGAACCUUUACAACAGAGAAUGUCUGAAGAAGUUUCUUUCCAGUCUGAGAGAAUUAAUCUCUUCACAAGAGAUGACCCAUAUUCCAUUUUAGAAAAGUUGUGGAAAGAUGAUGAACACACAAGAAGAUGUGGAGAAAACCAGAACAAACCUUUAAGUCGUGUUACCUUCAUUCACAAGAAAACACUAGCUAAUGACAGGGUCUGUGACUAUAAGAAUAUUGGGGAAAUAGUUCAUGUAAACACACACUUGGUUUCCUCAAGAAAAAGACUCCAUAACUGUAACUCAUUUGGAAAGAAUUUGGAGCCUAUUACAACCUUAUAUAAUGGAAAUGCAACAGAAAAUUCUGAUGAGAUUAUUGGAGAUGGUGAUAUUUUUACUCAUAUGAAUUCUCAUACAGUAGUGACUGCUUGUGAAUGUUAUCAAUGUAGGAAACCUCUCCAUCAUAAGCAAGCUCUCAUUCAACAUCAAAAAAUUCAUACUAGAGACAGCCUUUAUUUGUUUUCUGACUGUGCAAAUGUUUUCUCCCAGAAUUCACAUGCCUUUGCACAUGAGAGUGUUUGUUCUGAAGAAAAGCAGCAUAAAUGCCAUGAAUGUGAGGCAGUCUUCACUGAGAAGUCUCAACUUGAUGGCCAUCAGAGGUUUUAUGGAGGAGAGAAACCUUGUGUAUGCAGUGAAUAUGAGAAGGAUUUUUUCCUCAAGUCAAACCAUCAGAAAACUCCUAAUGAGGGGAAUUACUAUAAAUGCAGUGACUACUGGAGAGCCUUUAUCCAGAAGUCAGAUCUGUUCAGAUGCCAGAGAAUUCAUUCUGGAGAAAAACCCUAUGUGUGCAGCAAAUCUGAGAAAAACUUCUGUCAGAAUUCAAACCUUAAUAUACAUAAAAAAAUUCAUACUGGAGGGAAACACUUUGAAUGUACUGAAUGUGGAAAAGCCUUCACAAGGAAAUCAACACUAAGUAUGCAUCAGAAAAUCCAUACAGGAGAAAAACCCUAUGUAUGUACUGAAUGUGGGAAGGCCUUUAUCCGGAAAUCACAUUUUAUCACACAUGAAAGAAUUCAUACUGGAGAAAAACCCUUUGAAUGCAGUGACUGUGGGAAAUCCUUUAUUAAGAAAUCACAACUCCAUGUGCAUCAGCGAAUUCACACAGGAGAGAAUCCCUUUAUAUGUUCAGAAUGUGGGAAGGUUUUCACUCACAAGACAAAUCUCAUUAUACACCAGAAAAUUCAUACUGGAGAAAGACCCUAUAUGUGUACUGAAUGUGGUAAGGCCUUUACGGACAGGUCAAAUCUCAUUAAGCACCAAAAAAUUCAUACUGGAGAGAAACCUUAUAAAUGCAGUGACUGUGGAAAAUCAUUCACCUGGAAGUCACGGCUCAGGAUACAUCAGAAGUGUCAUACUGGAGAGAGACAUUAUGAAUGCAGUGAAUGUGGGAAAGCAUUCAUUCAGAAGUCAACACUAAGUAUGCACCAGAGAAUUCAUAGAGGAGAAAAACCAUAUGUUUGCACUGAAUGUGGUAAGGCCUUCUUCCACAAAUCACAUUUUAUUACACAUGAAAGAAUUCAUACUGGAGAGAAACCCUAUGAAUGCAGUAUUUGUGGGAAAUCCUUCACUAAGAAAUCACAACUCCAUGUACAUCAGCAAAUUCACACAGGAGAGAAACGCUAUAGAUGUGCUGAAUGUGGAAAGGCUUUUACUGACCGAUCAAAUCUUUUUACACACCAGAAAAUUCACACUGGAGAAAAACCUUAUAAAUGCGGUGACUGUGGGAAAGCCUUCACUCGGAAGUCGGGUCUCCAUAUACAUCAGCAAUCCCAUACUGGAGAAAGGCAUUAUGAGUGCAGUGAAUGUGGGAAAGCCUUUGCAAGAAAAUCAACACUUAUCAUGCAUCAGAGAAUUCAUACAGGAGAGAAACCCUAUAUUUGUACUGAAUGUGGGAAAUCCUUCAUCCAGAAAUCACACUUAAAUAGACACAGGAGAAUUCAUACUGGAGAGAAACCCUAUAAAUGCAGUGACUGUGGGAAGUCUUUCAUUAAGAAGUCACAACUCCAUGAGCAUCAUCGAAUUCACACAGGAGAGAAACCAUAUAUAUGUGCUGAGUGUGGAAAGGCCUUCACCAUCAGAUCAAAUCUUAUUAAACACCAGAAAAUUCAUACUAAACAGAAACCCUAUAAGUGCAGUGACUUGGGGAAAAUCUUAAACUGGAAGCCACAACUCGGUAUGCCUCAGAAAUCUGACCCUAGGAAAGUAGAGUGCCCAAUGCCACAAUUAUGGUAUGGGGACUCAGGAGGUGACCAAGGCCAGCUUUCUUCUAUCUAGUUAGAAUUAUGAACACCUGGAUUAUAUAGCUGAUAUCCAGUUACACAUAUGGGGAGAUACUAUUGAGAGUGUUUAAGCAAUGUAUAGUGGCCAUAUUUGGUUACUUAACAGAUAUUGGUGUUGUCAAGCUCCUGCAAAUAAUACUAAAUGUGCAAGGAGAUGACUUGCAGUCUUGUUUCACUUUUUGGGCAAACAGUUUUAUAAAUUCAGGGCUGUUGAGUUUUUCAUGUUCUGGGUACUAUUCAAUAUUGUCACAAUAAAAUUCAUAAUGAGUAGAGUGAUAAUUUUACAUUGUCUAAGCAGCCUAAGGACACAGAUCCAGACAAAAGGAGGGCAAUUCAGAUCUGUACUGAAAAUAAAUCAGCAAUUUUUGUGAAAAUUAACACUAAAGACAGAAAGAAAGGACUCUACUUUUUUUCUCUUUUCUUUGGGAAGUCACCAUUAUUUAUUGUUAUAUCUGUUGGUGUAUGCCAGGGCAGCAGGUACCAAGGAGGUCUAAAUUGCUCCUGGCCUAUUUAUCAAAAGCCUAUUUUCCCAAUGAUGUACGCAACAGUCCUCUAACUACUUAUCACCUUAGAACUGGCCCUAAGAUCAUGGAACUUAGCUACAGGGACCCAGCUCUAGAUAGCAGCACUUUAGAUCCUCAGCUUUGACCACAGAAACCUGCACUUUGUGGAUGUUUGUUGUUACCAAUUCCUGUUUGAAAAAUAGGACAAAUUAAGAAAAUGGAUGUCAAACCCUAAAUUUUUUUCCAAUUUUGUUAGUACAUUCUCUACAUGUUAGUUACUUGCUAGAUUACCAUGAGUUUGUUUCAUUAGAAGAUAAAAUGUAGUUGAACAUUUGGAAGACUUCUCCUUUUAUCUUCUCGGAUUCUCUACAAACUAAUCUUAAUUAAUUUUGUUUUUCAAAUUCUCUGUAUUUGAAUAGACUUUUUUUUGUCUUCUAUCAGAUACUGAAAGAAGUGUGUUGUAAUUUUACAAAUAAUUGUGAAUUUGUCUACUUGAGAGCUACUAAUUUUUGCUUUAUAUAUUUUGUCUCUGAUUUUACAUACAAUUUAGAAUUGUUACAAUUUUCCUGGUUAAUUGACACAUUAUCAUUAUUAGAUGUUUCUUUUUAUCACUAGUAAUUUUUUGCCUUAAAUGUACUAUGUCAGAUACUAAUA